AUGAGAGAGCGAUUAUAUCAUCUAGAACGUCAAGUUAACCAGAAUAGACAAAAUGAUGUUUGGCAGUUCGACAGAAUGGUAAACAGUGAGGCGCAACGUUCUUAUGAUCGAUUUGUGCAGGACCAAAUGAUACAGCACCGUGCUGCUGCUAUUAAUAUCAACAGAUUCAAUCAUGCAAAUUAUAAUUCUGAACAACUCAUGUUUACACAACAUUCGAAGUCAAAUGGUACAACUUUUCAAAUGUCAUUUGGUCGUUCAUCUACUUCAAUUCAGAAGCAAGAGGAUCCAAAUGAGGAACGCUUUAAAAAAGUUGAACAGAAAGUUGACAAAAUUGACGAAAUGUUGUCUUAUAUAAUUAGUCAAAUGAACAAUAAAAGUGAUGGGUCUGCAGGAACUUCUACCAUGGGAAAGAAAAGGUAA